AUUUAAUCCAAAACAAGUGCAGCAUAACCUGAGCUCCAGCUUCUCAUACGCACCACAAUGGAAACGUCAUACAUUGUGUGUCUCGUCUUGGCAUUUGGUUUCUAUCAAGUUUAUUCCCAAAACUGCCAUUUGCGGGAAAUAGAUGUGUGUGCAGCGGGUCUACUACAGUCCAUUCAAACACAAGAAUUUCCCCAGACUGAAGAGGAUCUAAACCGUGAAUGUUCCCAGAUCCAAGAGGCCGGUAAUUGCUUGAGUAACUAUACAAAGACCUGUAUGACACUUGUCCAGCGUGAAAUAUUUGGGUUUUUUGGAGAAGGACCAGAAAAUCUUAUCAAUGAAUACUGCAAGUCUGGGACGAGCGUUCGAGAACAAUACCUGAAGAACGCUGCCUGUCUAAAUGGAGCAUUUGACGAAAACCAAAAUUGUUUUCAAGAUCUGCAGGCGGCCCUGGAAGUUGUUGCAGGAACACAAUUUGGUAACCGUAUCACAAUUGCUUGUUGCACUUACCGUCGCUUUGAGGGUUGUUUCCGAGACAAUUUAGAGAGCAAAUGCGGCAAAGAAGCCGUCGAUUUCAUUCAGGAACUUUUGCGCAUGGCAGUUUCCCGUCUUCCGGAUAUCAUUUGCACCGGAUUCGACCCAAAAUCUAAUGAAUGUACUAGUGUACUUCCUGCUUCCGGUACCAAACCUGAAGGAGAGCAGUCAAACCUUGCCCUUAGUCGUCUUCUUUCUACCUACUUUACUAGUAGUUAAUUUCACUGAUUUUUUUAUAACCAGUUCUCUAAACAUUACUUGGUAUGGUAAAGUUAGCUAAAAUCUGAAGAAAUAAAAUAUUAUUCUGAAACUAAAAUUUUAGUUACGUUUUAUUUUCGUUAUGUGUAUAGUUGUUUGCAUAAAGCUUUAUCUUUCAGGAGUCA